AUGAACGACAGCGAGCUAGACUGCUUGAAAACAGAAUUGGAACAUGAAAAAAAUUGCAGAGAAACAGCAUCAUGGCAGAACGGUGAGCUGGAAAAACAAAUCGUUUGUAUUCAAGAGGACUUGCGCAAAGUCGAUUUCCCUUGGGACUUCGAUAAAGAUUUGCAGAAGGAAAGCGCAAGACACCGACAGUUACUGGAAACCAUCGAAACUUUGCGUGAACAACUCCCAUUCCUGAGAGAAAAAAUAAGAAACGCCAAAGGUUGUGGACCAGAUUGCAAGCUUAAACAUGAUGACCUAAAUAUAAACUUAGAUAUUCUAACUCCGGCGGAGUUACUGCGAACGGUAAAACGUUUUGAACGAUUAAAGACUGAUCUCGUGAGCACUUUGCGCAGUAAAGAGUGGAGGCUCGAUUCGGAAUCUAAGUUAUUCGUGAGAGUCAACGACCAACGCACGUAUUUGCAGAACGAGUUGAUGAUUUGCCAAAACAACAUCUUGCGCCUUCAGAGAAACGGAGCGUAUUUCCAAAAUAUUCCGCGCAAAUACGACGAAAGAGUACUCGAUCCCAAACGCGAACCGAUCAAGAAAAUAUUCUGCAACGAUCGUCUACCACCUAUCGUCACCUAACUUGUUGUCUGCACAUUCUUAGAUAUUAAUUAUCACUUCAGUUCACGCAUGCUCAAAUGAUUGUCGGAAAACACAUAGAGAAAAGAAAAAGUAUGCCUUCUAAAGAAAAUUAAAAUAAAUUGCUAGAAGGUCUCAGUUUAUUCAUUACAAAGAGAAGAUAUAAGAGUCUGUGUGAACUGCUAAUUAGAAGC